AUGGACCCCCGCCGAGUAGUACCCCGCGCGGUCAUCGACCCGAUAGUCCGCCAAGUCGGGUUCUUCGCCCCCACGGGUCGAACCGAUCCGGCACCGUCGUCACCGCCAGUCCCCGACUUCUCCCCCUCCGGCAACACGCUGCCCCUCGUCAUGAUCCCGCCGCCGCGCCACCUUCCCACUGACCUGUCUCGGAACUUCCACAGGGCUCCUGGCGAAUCUUCAAUUCCCGUCGGCAGCUACAAUCCCUCGGAAUUCUUGUCCCCUUCCUACACCACCGAUUUUUCCGAGGAUCUUAGGGGUAGUUCCGGGGAGUUCGCUCCGCCGGUGACAGCUGUCGUUGUGGACCCGGUGAUGGGUGUGGAUGGGGCUGAGGCGGAUAAGAAUGUUGUAAACUUGGCCUCCGAUGUACGAGAUGGAGGACCAAAUGUGGAAAUUGGGCAGGAGAAGAGGGCUAAUGGUGAGAAGCCAUUGAAGAAUAAGACUACGAAAGCCGAACGGCGGGCUAUUCAGGAAGCACAACGAGCUGCCAAAGCUGCUGCUAAAGGUGAAGGAAGUAAGAAAUCUAAAGCUGCUGGUGGUGCUGCUAAUUCUACCAAUAUGGGGAAACCUGCAAAGUCUAUUCCACCGAGGAAAGAAAGCUCUCCUGUUGCAGCUUUCGAAAAAAGAACUGGUGAACACCAGCCGGAUAAAGAUAGGAAAAAGGACGUCCCUCAUGCGCGGAUGCAGUUUGAUGAUGAAAAUAAGGUUGAGAAGGCAAAAAAGCGAUCUGUGGUGAAACAAAUAGAAGCUAGGAAUAGAGUUGAACUUUUUAGGCAUCUACCUCAGUAUGAAUAUGGAACAAGGCUUUCUGACUUGGGAUCGAAGUUCUUCGAACUUGAUUCCGUUCAUUCUGCUGUUUACAAGGUUGGUAUGUGGUAUUUAGCCGGAGACAUUACCGGUGGCAACGCCCGGUGCAUUGCCAUGCUUCAAGCUUUCCAAGAAUCCAUCAAGGACUACACCACGCCUCCUGAGAAAAUCCUCGUACGGGACCUGACCGCAAAAAUCAACACUUACAUCUCUUUUCUGAUUGAGUGCAGGCCCCUCUCCAUCAGCAUGGGGAAUGCGAUCAGGUUCCUAAAAUCCCGAGUCAUCAACCUAUCCCCAAACCUGUCGGAGGCGGAGUCAAAAGCAUGCCUCAUUUCCGAUAUUGACCGUUUUAUAGACGAGAAGAUAAUUUUGGCGGAUAAAGUUAUCGUCAAGCACGCUGUCACCAAGAUUCGGGAUGGUGACGUGCUCCUCACGUAUGGGUCAUCAUCUGCUGUCGAGAUGAUUUUUUUGCAUGCCCAUGAGCAGCUCAAUAGAAAGUUCCGGGUGGUGAUAGUGGACUCCCGUCCCAAGCUCGAGGGGCGAAAAUUGCUACGCAGGCUUGUGGGUAAGGGUAUCAAUUGUACUUACACUCAUAUAAACGCGGUUUCUUACGUGAUGCAUGAGGUGACGAGGGUUUUUCUCGGGGCGUCUUCGGUUUUGUCGAACGGGACUGUUUACUCGAGGGUUGGCACGGCUUGUGUGGCCAUGGUUGCGAAUCAGUUUCAUGUGCCGGUCUUGGUAUGCUGUGAGGCUUACAAGUUUCACGAGAGGGUUCAGCUUGAUUCAAUUUGCUCGAACGAACUUGGUGAUCCUGAUGUGGUUUCAAAGGUUUCUGGAAGAGAAGAAAUCAAUUAUUUGGAUGGUUGGGCCAAUAGCAAGAACCUGCUUCCCUUGAACUUGAUAUAUGAUGCCACACCUUCAGAUUACAUAUCGAUGAUCAUAACUGACUAUGGAAUGAUACCACCUACAAGUGUUCCUGUUAUCGUCCGUGAAUACCGCAGAGAACAAUUAUGGAUGUAG